AACCGCGGGGCCCGCGGCGAGCUCUCGGCGCACACACUGCUGUUCGACCUGCCUCCCUGGCUGCUGGGCGAGCUUUGCACAGUCCUGGACAGCUGCGACGGCCCGCUGGGCUGGCGCGGCCUGGUGGAGCGGCUUUCAAGCAGCUGGCUGGAUGUUCGUCAUAUUGAAAAGUACGUGGAACAAGGUAAAAGUGGAACGAGAGAGUUACUUUGGUCCUGGGCACAGAAAAACAAGACCAUCGGUGACCUUUUACAGAUCCUCCAGGAGAUGGGUCAUCGUCGAGCUAUCCAUUUAAUCACAAACCAUGGAGUAGCCUGGAAUCCUUCAGAGCAGAGUCAUCAGGGAGAUGAAUUUUCAAACAUGCCACCCAAGGAAACAGCAAAUGUCACUGUCGGUAAUGUUCUUAUUCCUGAACAUAAUGAAAAAGGAGUAUUAUUCAGAUCCUCCAUCAGCUUCCAGAACAUCAUAGAAGGAACCAGACACUUCCACAAAGACUUCCUAAUUGGAGAAGGGGAGAUGUUUGAGGUAUACAGAGUGGAGAUUCAAAACCAAGCAUAUGCCAUUAAAUUAUUUAAACAGGAGAAAAAAAUGCAAUGUAAGAAACAGUGGAAGAGGUUUUUAUCUGAGCUUGAAGUUUUACUGCUGUUUCAUCAUCCAAACAUACUGGAGUUGGCUGCAUAUUUUACAGAGACGGAGAAGUUCUGUUUGGUUUAUCCAUAUAUGGAAAAUGGAUCAUUAUUUGACAGAUUACAGUGUGUAGGUCAAACGGCCCCGCUCUCUUGGCACAUUCGAAUCAGUAUAUUAAUUGGAACAGCCAAAGCCAUUCAGUAUUUGCACAACACUGAACCGUGCUCGGUCAUCUGUGGCAGUAUAUCAAGUGCAAACAUACUUUUGGAUGAUCAAUUUCAACCUAAACUAACUGAUUUUGCCAUGGCACACUUCCGACCCCACCUAGAACAUCAGAGUUCUACCAUAAACAUGACCAGCAGCAGCAGUAAACAUCUGUGGUAUAUGCCAGAAGAGUAUAUCAGACAGGGCAAACUUUCCAUUAAAACAGAUGUCUACAGCUUUGGAAUUGUAAUAAUGGAAGUUCUAACAGGUUGUAAAGUGGUGUUAGAUGAUCCAAAACAUAUCCGGCUGAGGGAUCUCCUCAUGGAGCUGAUGGAGAAGAGAGGCCUCAAUUCGUGUCUUUCAUUUUUAGAUAAGGGAAUAAAUGCCUGUCCUCGGAAUUUCUCUGCCAGACUAUUCUCUUUGGCAGGCCAGUGUGUUGCAACGCGGGCCAAGUUAAGGCCGCUGAUGGAUGAAGUCCUAAAUACUCUUGAAAAUACUCAAGCCAGCUUAUAUUUUGGAGAGGAUCCUCCCACAUCACUGAAGUCCUUCCGGUGUCCUUCUCCCCUUUUCUUGGAUAACAUACCAAGUAUCCCAGUGGAAGAUGAUGAAAACCAGAAUAUUCACUCACAUCCUCAUGAUAAAGAUUUGAGAAAAGACAGAAUGACUCAGAAAAUUCCUUUUGAAUGCAGUCAGUCUGAGGUUACAUUUCUGGGCUUUGAUAGAAAGGCAGUGAGUAAGACAAAUGAGGAUGCCUGCAGCAGGCCCAGUUCUUCUUGUGAAGAAAGUCGGUCCUCAAAGCGAGUGCCAUCCUAGCACUUAAGGGCCUAAGAUAUGAACAUGGACAGUUUAGAGGCUACAGGAGAUUCUCAUGGGAGAUAG